AUGGAGGGUGAUGAGGUUAUCGGCGCACCAAAGCAUCCCGACUGGCUGCAAAUGGUGCGCAUUAAGGAAGGGGAAGUUCCCCAUGUGAUCGCCUACGUUUCAACUAGGCUCUCCUGCUAUCGUCCUGCUAUGCGUUGCGACAUUGUCAACCAUCACGACAUCGUUGUCCUCUCCCUCUUUAGCGGGGGCGAGGUUCUUAAUUUAAUGAAUGUCUAUUCUGACGAUCAGCAUACAGCCAUCGAGCACCUCGCUGCUCGUGUGCAUUCUCUACCACCUUUCAUCUAUAUGGCUGGUGACUUCAACUGUGUGUCGACGACUUGGGAUGACUAUGAGCAUGGCGAGUCGUCGACGGCAAUAUCCCUGCGGGACUCUGCAUCUCAGAUCGGCCUCGAGUGGGCACGACCUUCCAACCAUGGACCGACGAGGAUCAGUCCUAAUCCAAACCAGAGAUCCAAUGUGUUGGAUCUUGUAUUCUUAGCUCCAUCUGAGAUUCUAAUCUCGAUGCCCAGAUUGGAGCACGAUCUCCAGGGUCCAUCAGAUCAUGUCCCGAUCUGCACAGAUCUUGAUAUCGGUCCUGAACUGCCCGGAUCUGGGCAAAGGACAAUUAAACCUGGAAGCGAGGCUGAAAAGUCUUUCAUUUCAGAUAUUCUGCGGGAUCUUGCGGCUAUUCCUGUCGCAGCCCCGGCAACCAAGGAAGGCGUUGAAGCUUUAGCUGAUGCUAUCGCAACAGUGUUCUCAGACACCUGGCUUGCCCAUUCGACUGAGUCCAAACCUACCAAGCGCUCCAAGUCCUGGUGGACGGACGAGUGCUUGAAGACAUUCAGAGUAUAUCAGUUGAGCCAUUCGCUCGCUGAUUACAACAAGUUUAAGAAGGCGUGUAAGAAUGCCAAGCGUGAUUUCUUUGAUGAACGCAUCGCAGAAAUCACUACCUCUCGCAAGCGCCCAUGGGACCUGAUGGAGUGGGUCAAACAGUGCAAGCUACCACCCUGUGAGGCUAUUCGCAAUGGCGACCAGCCUUGCCAUGAUAUGGACGACCUCUGGGACGCCCUCCACGGCACGUACAACUCGGCCUCUGGCCGCGAGUAUGAUGCCUCAGUCUUAGAUGAGCUUCCCGACCAGCUGGUCCGUGAGUGGGCUGACUUCUCAGAGCAUGAGUUGUUGAGUGCUCUUAGGGGGUGCUCCAACUCCUCUGCGCCAGGACCAGACCACAUUACAUGGGUCCACCUAAAGGAGCUGCUCAAGGAUAAACACGUCCUUGCGCUCUUUAUCGUGCUGGCUAACGCCUGCCUUCGGGUGGGUCAUUGGCCAUGUAUAUUCAAGGAGUCGCUAUUGGUUAUCGUUCCGAAACCGAAUAAGCCCUCCUAUGCCGUACUGAAGGCCUUCAGGCCAAUCGUACUCCUCAUCACUUUCAGUAAACUUAUCGAAAAGAUGAUUGCCAACAGGAUACAGUUUGACGCCGUCAAGCAUGAUAUCUUCCAUCCCAACCAACUUGGCGGUAUCCGCCAGAGGUCCACUGAGGAUGCUGGAUUGAUUCUGACUCAUCUCAUGCGAGCGGGGUGGGUUAAGGGUCUCCAGACUAGCGCGCUGGCUUUUGACAUUGCGCAGUUCUUCCCUUCUAUCAACCAUGGGAUGUUCAUGGCUGUACUUCGCAAGCAAGGGUUCUCGCCAGUUUUGGUGGAGUUCUUUGCCUCUUAUCUUGUUGGUUGUUCCACAGUCUACUGUUGGAACACCUUCCAAUCUGACUCGCGGUCUGCGGAUGUGGGUGUCAGGCAGGGCUCAGCCCUUUCACCUGUUAUCUCUGGGCUAUUCAUCGCUCCGGUGAUGAAGCUCUUCUAUAUCAAAGCGGAGCCGCUCAACACAACGCUGCUUUCCUUUGUGGAUGACGGGACCAUUCUGGCCCAAUCCAAACAACUCAAUGAUAAUAAUGUGGGCCUGCGUAAGGCCUACAAAAUUAUCUACCUUCUCUUUGUUGCCUUUGCACUCGUUCUUGAACACGACAAGACCGAGCUGUUCCACUUUUCGUGUCGACGAGACACCUACAAUCCCUCGCUGGAUUUGGGGUACUUGGGCUUCUACUUUGACCACGGGCUCACAUUCCAUGAGCACGUCUGCUACUAUGCCACCAAGGCGUUCACCACUGUGCAGGCCAUGCGCAUGCUCAGGAACUCUACCAGAGGUCUCUCGCCUAAACAGCGCCACCUCUUAUAUCAGUUGUGUGUGAUUCCUAUUGCCACAUACAGCUAUCGUCUCUGGUAUUUUGACGGUGCCCAUAAUAAAGGCGUGAUGAACCAGUUAAAACGGAUGCAGCGAAAAGCUGCUCUAUGGAUUACGGGUGCUUUCCGCACCUCCCCUACAGGCGGUCUUGAGGCCUUGGCAGGUCUCAUUCCUGUCCACCUUAUGCUGAAGAAGCUGGCAAUGCGUGCAGUGUAUCGCGUAGCCACCCUCUCAGACACCCACCCUCUUCGCUCUAUGAUGGGCGAGGAACUCCUUAAGUGA